AUGAGCAACAAGUGUCACCCUGAGAUCGUCGCUCUCCCUGACGUUCAGGAAACCUCGGAUGACCCUUGCGACAUUGGAACCAAUCCAUCAGUUCUCGGCGAGGUGGUAGGCGAGAUGAAGUGGCCGGUCAACCUUUCUCUUGUCGAGGACGGCUGGAGCGUAAAGGCCUUGGGAACUCGCUACAGCCCAGAGCAUUGCGCCAUCGCAGCCCGCGCCCGCGACGCCCGUAUAUUCAUCCGACAGAAGAUCCGAAAACUCAUCGAAGAAGGCGACAAGAACCCUCAAGUUGCCCUCGUAACGCACGGGAGUUUCCUGCACUACUUCACCGAGGAUUGGGAGGACUCAUGGUUGAACCAUGGGACCGGAUGGAGGAACUGCGAGACUCGGACCUAUACUUUCAAGCAUGACGUGAUGGAUGAUACGGAUAUGGAGGCCAGCCUCACUGAGACGAUGGAUAGCCGACUAGGGAGGGGAAAGAGCGAUCAUAUGCCGACUGGGGAAGAGCAGGUGGUGCUAUUUGAGCAGGCGAUGGACAAUUGGGAGAAACAGGGGCUGCAAAGACCCGACAGAAUAGGACUGGGUCACAAAACGAGCGUGCUUGAUUGA